AUAAGAAAACACAUGUAUUUUAUUUAAGUAAGACAUGAAUUUUUUAAUUGUUUAGCUCUGGAUUAAAAAGUAGGGCAUUGUUAAAUGGAUCAUUCCACCCUUUUGACUGAUGAAAGGUUUGAUGUUGUGGGCCGACUACCACCAGAAAUAGGCCAAAUGGUUUUGAGCCAUUUAUCUCCACGGGAACUGACUAGGUGUUCAGGGGUGAGCAAGAGAUGGAGGGCGUUGACCAAUUGCAUCUCACUCUGGAAGAGGCAUUGUUACAAAAAAGAGUGGACGGAUUUGAAAAUGGUCGACAACUUUAAAUCGCACUAUUUGCCAAAAUUGAAGCAAUCAGAUGCAUCCGAGGCAAUCGAAGAGAAAUGCAGUUGGAGGGUCAAUUACGAGAGGCACCAGGCGCUUCCCGUAAACUGGGAAAGGAACCGUUCAGUCCGAUAUAGGUUGUCUGACCCCAGGGAUUCGCCGGUUUCUUGCAUCCACUGCGACGGCGAACGCCUCGCGAUGGCUCGGGCAGACGGGCACGUGACAGUUUUGAACAUCGAGACACUUCCGAGUCUAGAGGCGGAUCUCAAAGGGCUUUUAGAUUCGAGGAUACUCCAGGUUAAAAUCAAAGGCGAUUUAUGCGUUAUACAGCAGAACAUGCUUCUCCAGUUUUUCAGCCUCCAGGACGGCUUCCUAGAUGCUAAGUCGUUCGACUCGUGUUUCGCCACCGUCGAAUUGUUCCAGUGUACUGGAUGGAAGCCCCACCAAGUAAAUAAGAUGUACAAACCCGGCAAAAUACGCGACGUGUUCUUCGAUAUACUGAACGACCGGGUUUACGUCGGAGUGAGAGAUUUGCAAUGCAUAUUCGUCUGGGACAAACACGGUAAAAGGGCUGACACGAUUCAUAUUCCGAACAGGAUGUGCAAGCUCCGGGACAUGUUGCUUUAUAAGGAUUGCAUACACGUGAUUUACGCCUCGAGGGAUAUCAGGCACGUCACGGCUUAUGACUUGACACUGAGGAAAUGGAUUUACGAGGUGACCACUCCCUUGUGCAAGACGCAGAAGCUGAUUGGUGCGGAUUCUCUGCUCGCCGGCGUGGCCGUCGCGAGCCCCGGAUUUGCGUAUAUCGGCGUCAUAACGGUCUGGGACAGGACGAACGGAAAAAUCAUAUCAGAGAGGCACACUCCGGGAUAUCUGUCCUUCAAGAGCGUUGCGGCCGUAUACGAGCUCAUUAUUUACGGCGAGACGACGUCCAUCAGCAUCUGGGAGCCGAGAUCAAAUACCAUCUUGAGAAGGGUCUCAACCGAGGGGAACCCGGUUUACCUCCAGCGCCUGCCCUUCACGUUACUCGCGGUCUUCACGGACAGGUACGCGUACGUCUGGGACUGGUUCACGGGGGCUAAAUGCUUCAGGAUCUUCACCAGGUAUGUCCCGGACAACGGCGAAUUCCUCUGGACCGAUCAAACAACGUUAAUAAUCAAGACUGACGAACAUCUUGUGGACAUGAUUGGGUUUUGUUGAAAAAUAAUUAAAUCUGACUUUUGAAAUUA